AAAACUGAAGGCAUCACCCGGUCACAACGUCAUCUGCAUCUGCCAGGCUUUUUCUUCUUUCAGAUUCAUAUUAUUUUUUGCUUGAUGAAAGAAAUUCGAUUAUUUUAUUUUUGAAUGGAGAGGUGGAAUCAGAAUUGUAAUGGGUAUUGUCAUGAUUACCAAGACAAGGAUUAUAUUUUCCACCCUGUUUCCAAGUUCGAUACGCUGGUUGGCAUCGCCAUUAAAUACGGAGUAGAGGUAGCGGAUAUAAAGAAGAUAAAUGGGUUGUCUACAGAUCGUCAAAUGUUUGGUCUUAACUCACUUCAGAUUCCGUUGCCAGGGAAGCAUCGUCCUUCUCCUUCUUUGUCAAAUGGCCAUGAAGUUCCACGGUAUGUGUAUCAUGUGUUUGCUUCUAUGCAUUCAAACUUUAUGCAAACGAAUGGGAUUGAUGGCAUUCUUGUGUCCAAGAAUCAUCCUUUAUGGCAAUACACUAGUGACCAGACAUCACAACAGCAUCUGUAUCCAUGCCAGUCACUUGGACUGAAGCUGUCUCCCGAAAGGAAGGUCUCUCCAGCCAUGAGCUCUUUACAAGGUUACCAUGGACUUAAACCAACAGUAUCAGACCGUUUUGAGAAGACCGUUUACAGGAAAGGAGAAGAUCAAAAUCUGGAGGAUUUUUAUUUGCCUAAAUCCUUCCCAACUUUCAAUAUGCCUUUGGACAGUAACAGAAGAUCUAAAAGCUAUGCCAAUGUAAAUCAUGCUGACCACGGUGAACUGGAUGAUAACAUUAAUGUUGUCGAUGUUAGAAUAAGUGAACCUGAUGAAAGGAAUAAGAAACUGGUUAGGCGACGACAAAAAUCUGAAGUCGACUUAACUAGUCAGGUCCCAGAAAUGGUUUUGAAGGAGGAAAACGGUUGCUUGGAUGGAAAUCCAGCAAUAAUCGGAAAGAGGUUACUAUCGAGAACCAAAUCUGUAUUGGAAGAAGGGGCAGAGAAAAUUGGGUUGAAUCAUGUACCUUUUAUCUUGGGAGAUUAUCUUCUGGGUGACCAACUCUCUAGUGUAAAGAAGUCAUCAAGCACAUCCAAUCUACAGGAUCAGUCAUCCAUAUGGCCUACUUCGAAAUGGGAUUUACAGGCUCUUUCACCCGUGGCCAUCGCAAAACCAAUCUUCGAUGGAUUGCAAAACCCUAUAACUGGUCGAAGAAACAAAACUGCACUUGAUUAA